AUCUCCGCCGCCGCCGCUGAUUGGUCAGUAAAUAGAUGGUCUGAGAAGCAGCGACACAGCAGACAUCUCGCCAGCGUCCGUCGCGGGGACAAACGGCCCUCAUCCCGCUGCAUCCCUCCCUUCUCGGAUGGACAUCCCUCCUGCAGCAGUACAGUCUGAGCUCCAUCCGCCUCCACACUGCCAUCCUUAGCCUAUUAUGCAGCACACGCGGGACCAGCUUGUCACAUCUGUGGCUGCCCACAAAAACGCCAAUAGUGACAUCUCAGCUUGAUUAAGAAGGUGACAACAAGGACAGAGGUGAGACAGAGAUCAUAACACAGGGGACAAACCUCCUGAGAUGCCCAGCAUUCUUAUUACAGGUUUGUGACCCUGGUCCUCCCUGCGUCAGACAGCUCCAUUCAUGAAAAGUGUGACGUGAGCGGGUCCGUGACGCUGCAAGCCACCCACUCACAGCCCGGGUGCUGCCUAAGCUGCAGGAAUGCCUGCCAUUCUCCAGCCUCCGACUCGCCCUCUUUCUGCUUUUUCUCCUGCUAUUCUCCUCCCUUAAUUUACCAUCUUGCCUCAUUUAACCUCCCCUGCUUCAGAACUGAAGAAGGAAGCAUGAAACCGAGCUCGGUUCAACGUGAUUCAACUUCCCUCGAGCCAGUGUGUUAGGACCACUCCUCAUCAAGUGAACGCAGCCCAUUUUGAUGCAUGACACCAUGGGUAGUUCACCUGAGGUGCUCUCAUGGACUUCCUGCCCCAGCAUGUUGGUGGGCAAGCUAAAGGAGGAGCUUAAGCUCAGCGUGGUCGGGGACUCCAUGAAGAAAUCAAACGCACCUAACUCUCAAGCGCAGCCUCCUCCGCCCCCUCCUUCGAUAUUGCCCCCUCAGAUAAUUACUGACUUGGCGCCUCCGACGCACCUGUCCGUGCCCCAGCAGACGCUACAACCGCCCAACCAGGACGAAGACUCCGUGCUCGGGGGCUUAAGUCCCCAAAACACGGCUUUGAGCGUUGACUCUACGCGGGGUGAGGGUGGCCACUUUGACAACAGUGUGCUCCAGCUGCAGGAGCAGGACCAGGAGGAAGCCCAGUCACCAGCCUCCUGCGAGCAUGGGGGCUGCGGCAGCGGAAUGGAGGACCAGACGGGUGACAGGGACUGUCAAAUGGACCACAACAUCGAGGGAAGACACAGUCAUCACCCCGAUGACAUCAAGCUGCACUUCCACAGAGCGGGGCCCGGGUCAGGCGGCUUCCUGGAGGGACUGUUCGGCUGUCUCCGGCCAGUCUGGAACAUCAUAGGAAAGUCGUAUUCCACGGAAUACAAGCUCCAACAACAAGACAUGUGGGAGGUUCCAUUUGAGGAAAUCUCCGAGUUGCAGUGGCUGGGUAGCGGCGCCCAGGGAGCCGUCUUUCUCGGCAAAUUCCGCUCUGAAGAAGUAGCCAUCAAAAAGGUGCGCGAGCAGAAGGAGACGGACAUCAAGCACCUGCGGAAACUCAAGCAUCCUAAUAUCAUCAGCUUCAAGGGUGUAUGCACGCAGGCGCCGUGUUACUGCAUUAUCAUGGAGUACUGCGCCCAAGGCCAGCUCUAUGAGGUGCUGAGAGCAGGACGGAAAGUCACCCCCAGGCUGCUGGUGGACUGGGCCUCGGGCAUUGCCAGCGGCAUGAACUACCUGCACCUUCACAAGAUCAUCCACAGGGAUCUCAAAUCUCCCAAUGUUUUGGUCACCCACAACGACUCUAUGAAAAUCUCCGACUUUGGGACAUCCAAAGAGCUAAGUGACAAAAGUACAAAGAUGUCAUUUGCCGGUACGGUGGCCUGGAUGGCACCAGAAGUGAUCAGAAAUGAGCCUGUGUCUGAAAAAGUGGACAUCUGGUCAUUUGGAGUCGUUUUAUGGGAAUUAUUGACUGGAGAGAUCCCCUACAAAGAUGUGGACUCCUCCGCUAUCAUUUGGGGUGUCGGCAGCAACAGUCUUCAUCUCCCAGUGCCCUCCACCUGCCCGGAUGGCUUUAAAAUCCUCAUGAAACAAACAUGGCAAGGCAAACCCAGGAAUAGACCAUCUUUCCGUCAGAUCCUCCUGCACCUCGACAUUGCUUCGGCCGACAUUCUGGGAGCUCCUCAGGAGACCUACUUCAAGUCUCAGGCUGAAUGGAGGGAGGAAGUGAAGAAACAUUUUGAGAAGAUCAAAAGUGAAGGCACGUGCAUUCACAGGCUGGACGAAGAGCUGAUCAGACGCAGGCGGGAUGAACUCAGGCAUGCGCUGGACAUCCGGGAACACUAUGAGAGGAAACUGGAGAGAGCCAACAACCUGUACAUGGAGCUCAGUGCCAUCAUGCUGCAGCUGGAGGUGCGAGAGAAAGAACUCAUGAAGAGAGAGCAAGCUGUGGAGAAGAAAUACCCGGGGACUUACAAGCGCCACCUCGUCAGGCCCAUCGUGCGGUCAAACGCAGUAGAAAAGUUGAUCAAGAAAAAAGGAAGCAUUUCCCACAAACCUGGGAUGCCCGCUGCCAAAAGGCCUGACUUGCUCCGCUCUGAUGGGAUACCGAGUCUGGACGCCCUCCCUUCCCCCUCACCGUUGUCCGCCAGCCCAAAAGUCUCCACCCCUCCCGGCAAAUCCCGCUACCGAAGCAAGCCCCGUCACCGCCGCGCCAAUAGCAAGGGAAGCCAUAACGAGUUCCUCGGGAUGCUGAAACCUGUGGCAGUGGUGCCAGAAGAUGUCCGGUCGUUACAGGAGCUAACUCAUCAGCAUCAUCACCAUCACCUGCCUCUGCCUCCCACAGCGCCCCCGCUCCCUUUGAAGGGCCGCGAAGAGGCCGUGGUGAACUGUGCCAACAACCUGCGGUAUUUUGGCCCUGCUGCCGCCCUCCGUAGCCCCCAGACGGAUCACCUGCAGCGCCGGGUCUCGGGUUCCAACCCCGACCUGAUCUCCACGGUGGUGGACGCAGACACACGACAGCGGGCCUCAACCGCGAGCUCCAAUCCUCUAGCAGGUACUGGUGCUGGGUCUUUGUGUCCCUGUUGCCAGGCACACCCCUUGCCUGGAUGCCUUCACUGUCAGGAAGGACCUCCUGCAUCCGGCCAGCCGGAGCCGCUCAGUUCUCAAGAAGGCACACAGUCCUCUUUGGGGGCUCCUAAGAAAGAUCCAGGUUUUGAUGAUGAUGGAGACGUCGCGAAGAAGGCAGAGGCCCGGAAACAGGAAGCCUUCCAGAACACCCGCGCCCUUCCGACCGCACUUCCCCGCACACUCAGGCCUCUGAGGAAGGGUGGAGAUGAGUCUUCUGAGGAGGAAGAAGGAGAGGUGGACAGUGAGGUGGAGUUUCCAAGGAGACAGAGACCUCAUCGCUGUAUGAGCAGCUUCCAGUCCUACUCCACCUUCAGCUCGGAGAACCUGUCCGUGUCUGACGGAGAGGAGGGGAACACCAGCGACCACUCCCACAGCGGACCACUGGAGAGGCUGAGUGCCAGCCAGGAGGAGCACCUGGACGAGCUGCUGUCGCACACGCCGGACAUCCCCAUAGACAUCUCCACCCAGUCAGACGGCCUCUCUGACAAGGAGUGUGCCGUCCGGAGGGUAAAGACCCAGAUCUCCUUGGGCAAACUGUGCUCGGAUGAACACAGUUUUGAGAACCCUCUUCAGUUUGGGGAUUCGGACUGUGACUCGUCCGAAGCAGAGUGCUCGGACGCCACCAUUCGUAACAACAAAGGAGCUCCUUCCUCGUGGUAAACCCACACUUUAUUUUCUUCUUUUUUAAAUAUCAUUUUUGCUUUUGCCUGGAACCAACUGCAUCCCAAUGGGUACUGCAGAGACGACAGCAAUAAGAGGGCAAUGAUGUAAAAAAAAAAAGAAAAUCCUUGUAGCAAUCUCAACCAGAGCCCCCCCCCCCCCAUGCCGUCAUACCUUUACCUUCAUGCUCAGCACAGCAUUCAGGCAAGUCAUAGCAGGGAUUCCCUACCAGAAUGAAACUGCACAGGUGAUAAUGUAACAUUUAUGAUUUAUUUUCCAAUCCCGAGGGACAAUUCAGGACAUCCGUGUGACGGAAAGACUCUUCAGGAGAAACACUUUUGCACGAUUUCCACGAUGCGGUUUGGAACGGAGAUGCACGGACGUACUGAAGCGCUGACGGCUUUAAGGCUGACAGCGAUGACAUCACUUUUAAUCUCUCAGGUGACCCAGAUGGGGAGCAUCACUACCAUCUUCAUUGCAUCGCUUUACAAAUCCUUUACGUCCUCUGGUACCAAAACAUCAUCGCCUGGUUUCGUUAUGAGUUUACAUCGCAGAGAGCAGGUCCCGCCUCCCCUGUCCUAAACUCCGCCUCCAAGCGAGCAUCAUAAACACCAGCAUGACCAACCUCGCCUCGUCGUCGGACUCCAUCGUGUGUCAUCGGGACCCUUGCUGUGACUUCCCCCGCGGCGUGCAGUGUGCGACACGCCGCCAGAAGACCGCAUUCAAGAUAUCCUUUUCAAGUCUCCUCUCAGGAAUUGUUCGAGGACCGGUACAAACUGGACUGGACCAAUUACUGCACAGUACAGGCCACAUGUUUGGACACACCGUCUCCUCAUUUAAUGCAUUUUCUUUACUUUCAUGACUAUUUGUGAAGUAUAUUUAUAUAGCGCUUUUCUCUAGUGACUCAAAGCGCUUUUACAAAGUGAAACCCAAUCUAUAAAUUACAUUUAAACAAGUGUUGGUGGCACUGGGAGCAGGUGGGUAAAGUGUCUUGCCCAAGGCUAGGAUGGCGGAAGCGGGGAUCGAACCUGGAACCCACAAGUUGCUGGCACGGCCACUCUAUACCACCCACAGACUAUAUACAUUGUAGAUUGUCACUGAAGGCAUCAAAACUAUGAAUGAAUGAACACGUGGAUUCAUGUGCGUAACACAAAAAAAGGUGAAAUAACAGAAAACAUGUUUUAUAUUCUAGUUUCUUCAAAAUAUCCACCCUUUGCUCCGAUUACUUUUUCGCACACUCUUGGCGUUCUUUCCAGGAGCUUCAAGAGGUGAAAUGGUUGUCACGUCACAGGUUGUGCUUGAAGCUCAUGGAGAGAAUGCCAAGAGUGUGCGAAACAGUGAUCCCAGCAAAGGGUGGACACGCCUUCUCAUUUUAAUGCUUUUGCUUUUAUUUUCAUGACUAUUCAUGACUACCAAAGACUAUAAAAAUGUGACCCUUUACUCAGCAUCAAGGGUUCGAAUUGGGGGUUAAAUCACCCAAAAAUUACUACCGGGCGCGGCCACCGCUGCUGCUCACUGCUCCCCUCACAUCCAAGGAGGUGAACAAGGGGAAAUGCCGUGGACAAAUUUCACCACAUUUAGUGUGUGUGACAAUCAUUGGUACUUUAACUUUAAUUUACAUUGUAGAUUGUCACUGAAGGCAUCAAAACUAUAAAUGAAUGAACACGUGGUGUUAUGUACUUAACAAAAAAAAUAGGUGAAAUAACAGAAAACACGUUUUAUAUUCUAAUUUCUUCAAAAUAGCCACCCUAUGCUCCGAUUACUUUUUCGCACACUGUUGAUGAGCUUAAAGAAGUAGUCAUUUGAAAUGAUUGUCACGUCACAGGUUGUGCUUGAAGCUCAUAGAGAGAAUGCCAAGAGUGUGCAAAACAGUGAUCCCAGCAAAGAUUGGACACGCCUUCUCAUUUCAAUGCUUUUUCUUUUAUUUUCAUCCAAUCCAAUCCACUUUAUUAGUGUAGCACAUUUAAACAACAUAAAUGUUUCCAAAGUGCUGUGCCACUAUAUUAAAAACAAUAUUUAAAUAUUAUCCUUAGCUCCACCAAUGACUGAAUUAAAAAAAAAAAGAAAAUAAAAAUAAAUAUUAGGGAUGCACCGAAAUGAACAUUUGUGGCCGAAGCCGAAUAAAAUUUAAACGCUUGGCCGAAUACCCAAUAAUGAAUGCAGUUUUUCCCCAAAAAAUUUAAUAUUGCAUAAAUAGCCUAGAAUAAAUAUUUAGACAUGUUUUUCAAAUAAAGUAAUUUUUUAUUGAAUAUUGACAUUUUUCUAAUAUUCCAGUAGUCUUUGCUUUUCAAAAAAAAAGCACAGUUUUUCAUUUAUAUUAGGCCUUCAAACAAAACAUGCAUUCCAAAAAAAAAAAAUAAAGUGCAUCAAAGUGGAUAAACCCACAACAAAUAAAUUAUUGUCCUUUUGGCAAAAGUCUGCUUAGCCACAGUAGAUAUGCUAAUAAUGUAAACAGAAGACUCAAGUAAAUCUCAAUUAAGUGUGUACUUGUAACCUCAUACACUUAUACAGGUAGCCUACACAACAUGCUAAUAAUGUAAACAGAGGCCCCACUAAAUCUCAAUAAGUGUGUGCUUGUAACCUCAUACACUUAUACAGGUACACAACAUAUCACUGCACGUCGGUUGAUUGCGUCACUGCGUCAAAAAAUUGCGUCACACGCCACUAUUCGGCCUUGUUUUUAACUCAUUCCACCGAAGGCCGAAUGUGGCUUUUUUUGCCAUAUUCGGCCGAAUAUAUUCGGUUACCGAUUAAUCGCUGCAUCCCUAAUAUGAUUAAAAACGAAUUUAAAGUGUAAAACCAAUUGAAACUAAAUAGAAAUCAAAAUAAAUAAACACAGAGAACCACACAUAAUUCACAUAGUGUUAAAAGCCAAAGAAUAAAAGUGGGUCUUAAGACGAGACUCAAUCUAACAUGGAGGCGCAGAUUGACUAUUAUUCAUGACUAUUAUGACUAUUCAUGACUACCAAAGACUAUAAAAAUGGGAGCCAUUACCUCCCUGCUUGGCACUCAGCAUCAAGGGUUGGAAUUGGGGGUUAAAUCACCCAAAAAUGAUUCCUGGGCGCGGCCACCGCUGCUGCUCACUGCUCCCCUCACCUCUCAGGG